CCCUGCCUCUCUCACUCCCGCCACCCCCGAUAGUAUCCCGCCCGACUUUAUCAGGUGCUCCUGGCAGCGAACAGCACGCCGUGUGUCGCGGACCACCGCUCUGCAAGUGACAGUCUUCGCAGGCGCGGCUUGGAAAUCCUCGGCGCCUCAACUUCCAUGCCCCUACAAGUCGGGCGUGUGGGUCGCUGCCCUCGACCCGCGUGCUAACGCGGCGCUGAGCAGAGCGAUCUCCUCGCUGCCCGCCAUGGGUCCGCUCGCCCGGGAGUCGCCGCGCGUCAAGAGGCCGCCUCGCGAUGCAUCGCUGCCUCGCCCGUCGCGUCCGUCGCUGCCGGACGGCUUCGAGUCGGACGGCGACGCCAGGAGCGACGGCGAGGCGUGGAGCGACGGCGAGGCGUGGAGCGACGGCGAGGAGCGGUCGGCGGUGACCCUGCUGGACGGCACCGCCGCGGACCACGCGCUGGCGCCCGCCUCGACAAGCGCUGAUACCCGACCCGCCAAGUUCCGCUGCCUGCAGUGCGCCAGCUCCGCGCAUCCCUCGUGGCUCUGCGACGCCCCGCCGCCAGCCGCCCGCUGCGCGCUCUGCGCCGCCAAGGAGAAGGGCAAGCGCCCCCUGCCGUGCCCGGACGUCGUCACCGCUCUGAACCGCAUCAAAUCGUUUCGAGCGGUGGCAGACGUCGCAGGCAUGCAGGCUGCGAUCGAUGGCUUGCAGCGGGGCGGCCAUCGGCCGCCGCUGGAGGCGUUUUCGCAGGUGAUUGCGACGCACGCGGCGCUGGGCGAACCGGACAAGGCGGAGGCGGUGCUGGCGGAGAUGGAGGCGGAGGGCGUGGCGCCGGACGCCGUGUGCUACAACGCGGUGAUCAACGCGUUCUGCGGGCGCGCGCGCAUGGACGAGGCGGUGCGCGUGCUGGCGCGCAUGCGGUUCAACGGGUGGGAGCCCACCGCCAGCACCUACAACACUCUCAUUAAGGGCUUCGGCGCCGCCAAGCGCCCGGACGACGCCGCGAGAGUCGCGGAGAUGAUGGUGGGCCGCGCGGGCGCCGCGGCAGGGCGGCGCAAAGGCGGGCGGAGCUGGUCGCGGGAGAAGCAACGGGGGACGGGGAGGGGCGGGGAGGAGGCGGGGAAGGGCGGCGAGUUGCGGACAUACAACAUGGUGCUGAACGCGUGGUGCGAGCAGGGCGACGUGGAGCGCGCGCGCGCCGUGCUGCGCGACAUGCGCGCGGCGGGCGUGGCGCCGGACGCGGUGUCGUACAACACGCUGAUGAAGGCGUACGGCCGCCUGGGCCGCCCCAACGACUGCGAGCGCGUGCUGCGCGAAAUGGUCAACGCGCUCGUGCGCCCCACCGCGCGCACGUUCGGCAUGAUGGUGCGCGCGCUGUGCGACGUGGGGCGCAUGACGGACGCGCAGGUGGUGGCGGAGCGCAUGCGCGAGUGGGACGUGGCGCCGAACGCCGCCAUCUUCAACACCAUCAUCAAGGGCUACUGCCAGGCCGGCCAGCCCGUCCCCGCCGCGCAGGUGCUGCAGAGGAUGCGCCUGGCGGGCGUGGCCCCCGACCUCGCGUCGUACUGCACGCUCAUGAACGCGUGGAGCACGGCAGCCCGCCCCGACCGCGCGCGCGCCGUGCUGGACGAGGCGGUGGCGGCGGGGCUGACGCCCGACGUGGAGGCGUUCUCCGUGCUGGCCAAGGGCCACCUGCGCGCGCGCCAGGGGGACGCAGCGGCACGGCUGCUGGACGAGAUGCGUGCCGAGCACGGCAUCGAGCCGAACGUGGUGACGUACACGACGGUGAUGGGCGCCUUCUGCUCCAUGGGCGGGCGCAUGGACGACGCCAUGGCCGUGUACGAGCGCAUGCUGGCGGGCGGCGUGCGCCCCAACGCGUUCACCUUCCGCACGCUCAUCUGGGGCUUCUGCGAGGCGCGCCUGCCGCACCGCGCCGAGGCCGUGCUGCGCAUGAUGGAGGGCGCGGGCAUUCCGCUGGACGCGCGAUGCUACGAGCAGACGAGCAUCGCGUGGCAGUCCGUGGGGCUGUGGCGCGACGCGCAGCGCGUGGUGGCGGAGAAGAGGGACAAGUGCGGCGCGCAGGCGGGGGCAGGGAGCAAGCUGAGCAAGCGCGACGAGAGGGGGCGGCGGGUGAGGGCGGACGGGGGUGGUGCUGCGGGAGGGGUGGCGAGAGGAGGGGGUGGGGGCAGCAGGGCGAGUGAGGGAGAAGAUGGAGAGGGACAGGCGGGCAAUGGGGCGAGCCACGGCAGCAGCAGCAGCAGUGAUAGCAGCAGAGGCAACAGUAGUAGUGGUGAUAGCAGUAGGAGUGAGAGCAGCAACAAUGGUGAGGGGAUCAGCAUUGAGAGCAGUAGCAGCAGGGGCGAGAGUGCAGCGUUGGAGGGCGAGAGUGCAGCGUUGGAGGGCGAGAGUGCAGCGUUGGAGGGCGAGAGUGCAGCGUUGGAGGGCGAGAGUGCAGCGUUGGAGGGCGAGAGUGCAGCGUUGGAGGGCACGAGCAGCAGCAACGCAGCAGCUGAAGAGGCAGACGCGACGGGGGCAGUGCGGGUGAGAGGAGAGGAUAGGAGCAGGGCAGUGGGCGGACCAGGAGUGGUGAACGGCGAGGAAGGCAGGUGGGCGAGAGGCAGUGGGAGAGGCAGUGUCACUCGCAUAUGGCAGAGACCAUCCCUCACACAGCCACCCUCCCUCCCCCAAGGGGAGGUGGCAACUGGUGCAGGCUCCACCCAGUCAGAGCGGCAGAGGUCCCCUUCAGCCGCCAUGCUGCUGUGCGCUCUCCCCCUGCCGCCCUCCCCCCCUUCCCUGCCAUGGCCCCAUCGCCAUGCCUCCCACCGCUGCCACCACCCCCUCCGCCUCACCUCUGCUCUCACCUGGGCUGCCGCACUUGCUGCUUCGCAAUGCACCCUCCCCCAAUCCACGCCUCUCCUCUCCCCCUUUGCCACUGCCACCCGCAGCACGCAUGGCGUUACGCAGUGGCCAUGGAGGCCUCCGUUCCCUGCACUAUCCCACUCCAUGGCCCGCCUGCCCGCCCGCCCCAGCAUGCCCGUGCUGCACAUGCUGACUCGCCCUGCCUCACAGGCUCUCCAAUGGUCCCGCACUCCCCGGGCACUGGCACGCAUGGGUGGCAGCGCAAGGGGCGCGACAGGCGCAGCAGCAGUGGCCUCGCAGACCAGAGGGCGCUCACGGAAUUUGCCAGGGAGAGCACUUGCGGUUGUGAUGAUUUGAUUGCCGCAGCGCCAGGUAGAACUCUAUCUGUAUCCACCUCAUUGCACAGGUUUAGCCCAAUGUUCUGGAAAGAGUUGCUUAGAAGUGCACAUCCUCUGUCUGGUUACUGUACCUGAAUAUGUGCUCAACGAAACCAUAACGAAAU